CUCUGUUAUUAUUAGUUAGCUAUCUAGCUCUUUUAGUAUUGUUUUAACUAACCAGUUUGCGUAGACACUGCUUGCGAUUUUAAAGUAUUAUCUGUCUGAAUUAUAAUACGACUGUGUUAUUGUUGAAAAACAAUACGCAUUCCUAUGGAUGGACUAUUCUCCUUCGUCCCUUGGCUAUAAGAUUGUGCAAGUACCGGUGUGGCGGCUGAAAUAAAUGCCUCGUUCUUCGCGGCUGUCAGUGAGGCAAAGGAAGGAUGGACGAAGAGCCCGAAAGAGCGAAGCGCUGGGAGGGAGGCUAUGAACGGACCUGGGAGGUGCUGAAGGAGGAUGAGUCUGGGUCACUCAAGGCCUCUGUGGAGGACAUCCUCUUCCAAACCAAGAGGAAGAGGGUGUUUGAAAGCCAUGGAAAGGUGCGUCUUGGAAUGAUGCGCCACAUGUUCGUGGUGAUUGACAGCUCCAGGACAAUGGAAGACCAGGACCUGAAGCCAAGCAGGCUGGCCUGCAUUCUGAAGCUGAUGGAAUAUUUUGUGGAGGAGUACUUUGACCAGAACCCCAUCAGCCAGAUAGGGCUCAUCACCACAAAGAACAAGAGAGCGGAGAAGCUGACGGAUCUGGCCGGAAACCCAAAGAAGCACGUGGCAGCGCUGAGGAAGGCUGUGGCCUCCUCGUGUGGCGGGGAGCCCUCUCUCUACAACUCGCUCUCCCUGGCCAUGCAGACGCUCAGGCACAUGCCCGGCCACACCAGCAGGGAGGUCCUGGUCAUAUUCAGCAGCCUCACCACCUGUGACCCUGCCAAUAUCUACGAGCUCAUUAAGACUCUUAAGGAGAAGAAGAUCCGUGUGUCGGUGAUUGGCCUGUCUGCAGAGGUGCGGGUAUGCACGGUGCUGACCCGGGACACAGGAGGAACCUACCAUGUGAUCCUGGACGAGAGCCACUUGCGGGAGCUGCUGACAUACCACGUGAAGCCCCCUCCCGCCAGCUCCACCUCAGAGUGCUCCCUCAUACGCAUGGGCUUUCCCCAGCACACCAUCGCGUCUGCGUCAGAUCCAGACUCCAAGCCCUCCUUCAGCAUGGCGCAUUUGGACAGCAGCGGCGGUCCUGGUUUGACCCUGGGGGGGUACUACUGCCCACAGUGCCGCGCCAAGUACACUGAGCUGCCCGUCGAAUGCAAAGUCUGUGCACUGACGCUGGUGUCCGCUCCUCACCUGGCCCGGUCCUUCCACCACCUCUUCCCCCUGGACGCGUUUCGGGAGAUGCCCCUGGAGGACUACAAGGGGGAGAGAUUUUGCCAAGCUUGUCAAGGGGAGCUCAAAGACAAAAGUGUGUUUGUUUGCCCGGUAUGCAGCUGCGUGUUCUGUGUGGAGUGCGACCUCUUCAUCCACGAGACUUUGCACUGCUGCCCCUGCUGUAUACACAACCAGAGUGCCCCCUGAGGCCUGGAGGACUCACUGCAGAACAGACGAGUGAGCCUUCGGGUCCAGACUGGGCUCAUAAUAGUGUUGAAACGGUCGGUUCUUCACGAGGGUUCUACUGAAGCCCGGUUCGGAGGAAAAGUGCAUUAUGACAGCCACUUUCGGACUGAACCUCAGCUGUUGAGGGAGAUGGAUACGGACAUGGACAGUGUUAUAUUGUGCUGGUUUCCUUAAAGGGAACAGCGAGUGUUUCGGAUGCAAGCUCAAAAUGGCCAGCUGAGACUCUUGAAAAGGGAAGCUCUGCUCCCGACUCAACUGAUGUUUUUUCGACUUUCUAACUCAUUUGUGGACCAAAACUUGACACCUGUCAAUAAAUGCUUUUUGCUACAUA